UGGGAACUCGUGCAGCUUUUCCAGUUUUCAUUGGAAUAAUCUUUCAAAUAAGAGUAAUAAUUUUAUCAUGGGUGCUUUAGCUGCUGUUUUUAGACAUCUGAAUUCAUUAGUGGGCCCAGGAGUGAUGCUUCUGUUUCCUCUGUUUUCAUCGAUGAAAGCUAUAGAGAGCCCCACAACAUUGGACGAUCAGCAAUGGCUAACCUAUUGGAUUCUCUACUCCUUCAUUACCCUCUUUGAGCUCUCAUGUUGGAAGGUCCUACAAUGGUUACCAUUCUGGGCACUCAUCAAGCUCCUGCUCUGUAUGUGGUUGGUUCUGCCAAGUUUCAAUGGAGCAGCUUAUAUAUAUGAGAACUAUAUAAGGAGACACGUGAGAAUUGGGGGGCAGGUAAGCUCGAAGUACUCAGAGACACAUAGGAAGGCCAUGCAGAUGAUGAGCCUUGAUGCGAGGAAAUCGGUGGAGGACUACAUAGACACGCAUGGACCAGAGGCGUUCGACAAAGUGAUCACAGCGGCUCUAAAAGAGGCGAAAGAGAACAUGAAGGAGGGUAAAAGUAGAAUUUAGACCUUUGGUUCAAGAAUGAACCCCUGGAAAUGUAUAGUUGGGAGAGCUUGAGAGAAAUGUGGGAAUGGUUUAUGAGAGUUUGUGUAAAAAUUAGAAUGAAUGGAAUGUAAGGCA